GGUAACAUCAAAAUGCUUCAGACACAAACGUAUACGAACGAUUACAGCACUGGAUCAUCAGAUUCUUUUCUGCCGUCCAUCAAGAAAUCUUCAUGGAGCGCUUGGCAGCAAGAUGACUUCUCCCUGAGGCGGAGGUCUACAAGCUUUGUAGAAGGUGCAGGGGGUAGCAGUUGCCUCGAUGCAGUAAUGCUGGAGUUUCAGCUCAACGGAUUAGACUCCCCGUACGUACCUGAAGCUGACCCUAUCAAACAUUCAGCUUUUCCCGGCAUGGGUCCACCACCCAACUAUUUGAGACAGAAGUCGUGGCCGGCCCCCGAUAGCACGCCUGGAUUAGCGCUCCCCAUUUCUGAUGCUAUCACCCGAGUUGCCGCAGAACUAUUACUGCAACCUAACCCUGAAGAAGGAACUGCAUCAUUAUACAUGGGGAACACCAAACCAACAGAAAGAUAUGCAGAUGUAUCUGGGCUGGGUGCACCCAGCAACUACCUGCGCCAGUCGUCGUGGCCGGUCCCUGACCGCAGCCCUGCAGCUUCGUAUCGUUCUCCAGGAUCGGCUGACCUGCUGCUGCAAGCCACUGCUGGAGAAGAUAUACCUGGUAUGGGCACACCCGGCACCUACAUGCCUCAGACGCCAUGGCCUGUCCGCACCCCAGACAGUGCUGAAGUACGCACUGCUGAGCUAUUGCUGCAAGCGACUUCUGGCUAUGCUCCAGCUCCGAGAGAACAGAGUCUGCAGAGCGAGCAGCAGCAGCUGUUGCUCAACUCGUUUCCUCCCGGCUCUGUGCUGCACGAGCUCCUGCGCAUCAUCACGCAGGCCCAAGCUUCCAACUACAAGCCACGUCGGAAGCAGGAGGAGUGCCGGUUCUGCAAGAACAAUGGUGAGCGCGCCUCCUACUACCGCUCGCAUUCUCUGCGGGUCGCGGGCCUCGUGGAGUGCCCAGUGCUGCGCGCGCUCACGUGCCAGAAGUGCGGCGCCAGCGGGGACCACGCGCAUACCAUCAAAUACUGCCCGCUCACCAGCGCCGACGAACGUCGUAACUCGGUCGCAUUGAUGCAGAGUGUUCGGCUCGGGUCGUCGGCGCGCCGAUUGUACCCGAGAGCGACAUCUAUGAUCGCGCCCGAGCACGUGGUGUACGGCGAACCCACGCCGCGACCGUCCGGUGGCGAACCCGCGCUCAAGACGGCGCCCCUUGACCCGCUCUGGUCGGAGUUGGAGAAGAAAUUGAUGAUCUAGAAUCUAGAUUCUAGGGCUUAGGUGAUCCGAGAGUAUAUGAGAAUAGAUUACGCAAAUUCAAAUUACUUGAUAAAUAUUUAAGUUACUCCAAGACCCAUGGCCGCAACUUAAAAAAUCGAUCACUUAAAAAUAUAUAUCAGGUUUUAUUAUUGGGUUGUUGUUUGUGAGUCUACCUAUCUUGUUUUUUAAUUGUUAGUUUAUCAUAUGUAUAAAGCGCAAAGGUGAAAUAGAAUCAACAUUUUUUCGAUCCUGAUCAAAGUAUUAUUUUCACCCAUUGGUUCUUGCGCGGGUAGGUAACUAAUCAUAAUAGUUACCCACCUAUUUCGAUGUAGGUUCUUACAUUUUUAUAUUUUUUCUACGUCGAUGCUGAUUUGAAGUUUUUGUAUUACCGUUCAGAUCGAUAUUAAUAAUUACUACUGUGGACUUUUUUUUUUUCGAGAGGAGUAAAAUAUAUUUACGUAUUGAAGACCCCGAAACGGGGCCCAUAUGUCGGGCUCGGGUGUAAACACCCCCUACCGACUAAAAACCUCCUCUGUGCUGAUAGCCCUGAAGGCUUUUACAGCGAAGCCGGGCGGGGGCCUUGGAGGCCGAAAAUGUAGCUAACAGGCGCGGGGCGUCUCGGAAGGAGACUCGAACCUCGGACCGCCUGCUCACUAGGCUGGUUGGAGAGAAGAUCUCUAACGAUCUAAUAUAUCUGUUAGUCCAGUGGACUCUAGGUUUGAAGAGAUUUCACACUCGCCGGCGAGUGCGCUGAUAUAUCUAUGUAAGUAUGUGUGAGUGUAAGUGUGUGACUAUUUGUGUGUAGUGUUAUUGUAGGUGUGUGAUUUGUGAUUUGAGUGUGAGUGGUGUUAAACGAUUACAGGACGAGGACUAUCUCGUCGGGCUUCUAUCAAAGUGUGUGAAUCGUAUUAUAUUAGGUUGUGGCCGCUGGAAAUCGUCAAAGUGACUAGUGGCAGCGGUUUGAUUAAUGUACACGGCCGCGCCUACGUCUUCGAGGGCAGUGUGGUUGGUUUGGUGUCGGUGUUGGUGAUGGUGUUGAUGAUGGUGUUGGUGUCGCGUUCGCGAUCGUAAUAUAGUCGUCCGGGUCGACUAGUACGUGUCGAGGUACGGUUAAAUUAAGAUCAAUUCGCACACACCUGACAUUUGACAAUUGGAUAUAUUGUCCAAAUUGAAUAACGACUGAAUAAAUGAAAUGGGGAAUCAACUUAUAGAAAAUUUUAUCUUGUAAUCGUUUUGUAUUGGAAGUUAAAAUAUCUUCUAUGAAGUGAAAUUGUCCAUCUAUUUAUUAAUAUAUAAUAAUAAAUAAAAACUUACUCAAUGUUGAUACAUUGAAAGUUUUUAGUUGUGUUAUUUUUGUUUGGUUUUGAUCA